AUCUGCCGCUGAACGCGCCGCCUGGAGACUGCCGACUACCGCGCGCGCCUCUCGAUGACGCCGCUGCUGUUUCUCCAAUCCCGGACAAUUGGGUGAAAUUCUUCUGCUCGGCUGAGUGACUGCGCUGGAGCGAGCGUGUGUCUCGGGAAAUCUGGACGCCUGCCAUCGUGAAUAUAUUUAUGGAUGCAUCGGGCGCAGAAGUAGCAAGCGUGCUUAUGGCUGGAGUGAGGAGGUGAGGGGGGGCGGCUCAGUGGCCUUGAGCGGGGAGAAGCCUGUCACCGGGCCUUGAGUGGAGACCGCCCGAGGCAAGACAGGAACGUGGAAAUUGGACGGCGGGCGCUGUGUGUAGUUUACUGGGGUGCUUGCCGUGCUCCUUGUCCUGGGGACCGGAGUCGAGGCCUAUUGGAUCACACCACGAGGUCCAGUAUCCUAUUUCCUACAGAGAUAGGUAAAUGCCUUCAGGAAGUCUGCAAGCGAGGGGUAAAAGGUGAACUGCACAAUGUCCGAGAAUUCAUCUGUGAGCCUGGUGGGCAUCACCCCCUUGCAGCAGAUGUUGGCAUCUGGGACGGGAGCCCUUUUCACCUCUCUUUUUGUCACACCUUUGGAUGUGGUGAAAAUCCGAUUGCAGGCCCAGAGAACCCCAUUCUCUAAAGUGUUGUCAGUACAGUCUAUGCCCUGGAGCAUUCACCAGUCCAAAUGGAAAUGCUUCCUUUACUGCAAUGGCCUCAUGGACCAUCUCUAUGUUUGUCAGAAUGGAAACAGCUGCACAGCCUGGUAUAAGACACCCACUCACUUUACCGGCACCCUGGAUGCUUUUGUGAAGAUAAUACGGCACGAGGGUAUUCGAUCUUUGUGGAGUGGCCUGCCACCUACUCUAGUUAUGGCUGUCCCUGCUACUGUGAUCUACUUCACUACUUACGAUCAACUACGGGAUUUCUUGCGUGCUAAGAUGAACAGCCAAGGACAUUAUAUCCCACUGGUGGCUGGUGCAGUUGCCAGAUUGGGUGCAGUAACCGUGAUCAGUCCCUUGGAACUCAUCCGAACAAAAAUGCAGUCUCGUCAGCUGAGCUACCAAGAACUGCGUGUCUGCAUCCAGUCUGCGGUGGCCCAGGAUGGAUGGAUGUCGCUUUGGAGGGGUUGGGGUCCAACAGUGUUACGAGAUGUUCCUUUCUCAGCUCUGUAUUGGUAUAACUAUGAACUGAUGAAAGCUCUGCUCUGUAGGCAGUUCUGUAUUGAUGAAGCUACUUUCAUGAUCAGUUUUGCAGCUGGAGCCAUUUCUGGCAUGGUGGCUGCUACCUUGACUUUGCCCUUUGAUGUUGUAAAGACCCAGCGACAGAUUGAGCUAGGAAACAUGGGGACACUCCAAGUUACCACUUCCAAAUCCUCAUCGACUUGGCUACUUAUGCAAAAGAUUCGGGCAGAAUCUGGCACGCGAGGGCUCUUUGCAGGUUUUCUGCCUCGUGUUAUCAAGGUGGCUCCAGCCUGCGCCAUCAUGAUCAGCACGUAUGAAUUUGGCAAGACCUUCUUCCAGAAAAUGAACCAGGAACGGCAGUUAAGCAGUCUCUGAAGUAUACAGGCAGAGCCUUGGAUGGUAGCCUCCAGAUGGACCAAAGAAACACUGAUGGCAAGAGAAAGGACAGAUUUUAGUAGAUGCAAAAAAGGAAAACCCAAUUUGUGAAUAGGGUUAGAUAAAAGUGGAUCCAGCUGUGAAUAAUAUUAAUCAAGAUUGAGAAGACCACAUAACCAAUAAAUCUCUUGCUUGCUUGCUUUAUAGGAUUUCUCACUCAUCAGGCAAAUUCCAGGUGCCUUUUAGCUAGCGUCUGGUCUCCUGUCUUUCUCCUUUUCCUGAUGGACAAUUUGGGGAUUUAAGCCUCUUAGCUAUACACCCUCUUCUCUUUAGGUACUGUCAAGAUUGGAUGCUAUGAUUUGGGGGUAUCAUUUGAAGAGGAGAAGCUCCAGCACAUCUUAUGUUAAAACCAAUUGCAUAGUAUGAUCCUGGAGUGUUGGGAUCAUUGGCCAGCUGCAGAAGGAAAAAGUGAGAAAGGGGAGGCAAUUGCCAUUCCCACUGCUUCAUUACUGUUACUAUUUUUGGUAGGCCUUCAGAGAGUAAAAGUUGCUGUAGACAGCAAAUGUUUCCAUCCCUAUCUUAAUUUUCAAAGUGUCUGUUGGCCUGCAUGCUUGUUCGUUUUUCACCUGACUUUUCCUGUGCAUGAUGAACAUAGCUGGCUGAAGUUGCAAUCCUACACUGGACUUUGACAGCUUUGAAUAGAAACACUGGUUUUGAACACUCAGGAUUUUCCCAACUCUUCCCUUCACACCACCAUGGACAGCUUGAACUCUGAAAUCUUCACAAUGAAUAGCAUGGAUGAAAAUGAAUUAGACUCUGCUUGGGCUCCCACCCUCUGGUUCAAUAUUUGCUACACUGAAGGAGAACUGAGAAUAGCAGGCCAAGGUUUGCUUUGAUGCCAGAUACCUUAUGUAGCACCUUUAGCAGUUGAUAGUCUUGCCCUUUCUGUGCUGUUAACUUAUGUGCCUUUUGCUUACAUAUUUGUGGAGCGGGAGAAGCUGGGCUUUUAUUUCUUGAAUAAAGUCACCCUUUUUCUUUUUCUUUUUUAGCAAAACCACAGUAUACGUUA